GUGAUCCUUGUAAGGUGUUGACAGCAAAGUUACAAACCUAGCUAAAAUGACAUAAAAACGAACCGUGACAGAAGCGCACAAUGACGCGUAUAUAAAGCUGACAUUGUGUUGAUACGCCUGAAGAAGAAAAAAACACAAAUAAAAACCGAACGUUAAAUUGUCGGUCAAUUCAUAACUUAAUAACUGGAAUAAUUAAGUUUGUUAGCUAUUCAGUUGACUUUUGCACUACCCUGCACAGUGAGUUUCAACCGAUAGUGAUGUUUAACAGACAUGACUGUGUUAUUUUUCUUCUUCGAGGCAAACUUGAGAGCAUACUUGACAGAGACUAUUUUUCUCUGUGGAAUUGUUCUCAUUUGCUCAUCUAAAACGGCUGGUCAAACAUGCAGAGGAAAGUGUGGAGACGUGUUGGAGGAAUGCUCCUGCCAUGCAACCUGUGUGUCUUUGCUGAACCGUGGUGGGCACCUACUUUGGAGGUUCAAAGAUGAGAUUGAACGAGAAGGGUUUAUUGAUGCUGAAUGCCACGCCUACUGCAUCUCUCCUUUAUUGUAUGAGACGGGUUGGAUACCAUUUACUUUCUCAAUGGAUGGAAUACAUUUUGACAGAUCUGGAGAGUACUUGUCAGGCCCCAACAAACGUGACAUCAUAAUCAGGAUUUUCAUUCUUUGUACUGAAAAUUGUGAUGCAACAAUGACAAAUCCCACCAACUUUGCACUAUAUUACAAUGAUAAUAUCUAUCAAAAUAUUUUUUUUGUACCAUAUUGUGCUGCCUUUGUUUUUUGGAACAGCUCUUUGAUUGAGGCAGAGAGGGUCAACAUAGAGCUGUGGGGUUACAGUGAGUUCAGCAGGAGCAUGGAGGCAGGGGGGAAUCGAUCACUCUCUGCCGAGCUGAGCUAUUUGUACUCUCUGGGAAAGAGUCUGUUUAACACUGGUGCCUUCAGCUUCAUCCCCAAGCCCUCACAGGACUACUCUGACUGGGAGUUUGGGAAUAUCCACACUGCUAGUUCUAAGCCAGAUGGAGCAAGACCCACACAUGGUUCGGGGCAGCAGUGCUGCUAUGACAGCACAGGCUCUCUGGUGCUGACGGGAGACUCGACCGGUGGUAGCGCCCCAGACAGGGCUCACGACUGGGGCUCACCUCCGUACAGGGAGCCACCACUGGUGCCCGGGUACUCCCACUGGCUUUACGAUGUCAUGAGUUACUACUACUGCUGCCUGUGGUCUGACAAUUGCCACAUCUACUUUAACCAUCAGCCCUCUAGCGGAUGUCGCAACUACCGGUCCUCAAGAGCUGGUGUUGUCCUCGGUGAUCCGCAUUUAAUAACCUUUGACGGCCUCAGCUUCACUUUCAAUGGGAAAGAAGAGACAUACUUUGUGUCCGCACCAGACAGAGAGCUGAGUGUUCAGGCCAGAACAGAGCAGGUGAAACUCAAGAACGGCACCUUGGCCAGAGCCACAUGGCUGUCAUCAGUGGCUAUGAAGGAGAAGGCCUCUGAUGUCAUUGAGGUGUGUUUAGCAAGGGGCCACCUUCAGAUGCUAAGGAACCAAAAGGUCCUUCCUUUCAACGAGCAAAGAUGGAUGGACCUGCAUGGAGUAUUUGUGUUCACCCCCAGUCCUCAGAAUGUGACAGACAUCUUCCUCUCCGGUGCUGGCGUGGAGGUUCAUGUGCAUGAAGGAGCCAUGGCAGUGACCAUCAUGCUUCCAGAGGAGUUCACCAACAACACUAAGGGCCUCCUGAGCCUGAUGAACUCUGACCCAUCAGAUGACCUCCUGACCCAACGAAGAUUGAUCAUCUCCUCAGUGGACGCCAGGCCGGAAGAAAUCUUCACCUUUGGGGCCGACUGGAAUAUUUCAAAGAAUUCUUCCCUAUUCACAUAUGACUCAGAGCAAUUUUUGGAUACCUACUAUCUCCCAUACCAUGAUCCUGCUUUUAUCCCUGCCUUCACUCUACCUGAGGGACCUGUUGACACUUUGGUGGCAGACAUGUUGACGUUGUGCUUUGGAAAAGGAGCCUGUAGAAAUGAUACCCUGACCACUUGGAGCCUUGUGAUGGGAAACGACACACUGAGGGCCCACCGAGACUAUCAGGCCCGAGUGACAGCCCUGGAACCAGUGGUGUCUUCUGGCUGGCUUCCAACACCCUGACAUGGGAAGAAGAAUGGGACACAUUAUCUGGUAGGGAACACUCUGAGCUUCACCUACAAUGAGGGCUACAAACUGUACGGUUCAACAGAGCGCACCUGUCUGGACGAUGGGACGUGGACAGGAGAGCAACCCUACUGCAUAACAGAUGAUAACGUGGGGUUUGUGCUUGGAGCUGCUGGUUCCCUCACAGCACUGCUCACAAUGGCGGUAAUGAUCAACCUUCACAACAGGAAACAAGACAGGUUGAUAGUGAAGGCCUCCACCUCCAUUCCCUCUGUCUCAGACUCAGACUUGCAUGGGUACUUUCCACAUCUAGGGUUACUCAGCAGGUUUCAACAGGUCUGCUGGCAGCUCACCACAGGAGCAAGAAAGUCAUUACACCAUAAGAUAGCGAAAGAGGAGAAACUGGACCAGACGGUUGCCCAAGAACAAACUUGCUAAACCAUGAAAGUUCUGUUGGGAUAUGGAUCACACCACUCCAAAACUGAAAACUAUGUGGCCUAUGUCAACAAAUGUGUUUAGAGCUGAGCAUUUGGAAAUCACAUCGUUGUGUUGUUCAUUAAGAUGUUCUCUUGACCUGUUGACCUUAUCAGAAAAACCUCAGGCGCUAGUCAAGCUUUCAGCGUAUUGUUUUGCCUCUUGUUUUUCCGCUUGUUUAGUUUGGAGAACCUCCAGGUCCCGGUAAAUGGUGCAUGGGGUGAGGAUUGAGGGUAUUGAUGUUAAGGAAAAAUGCCAUGAUUGUUUUUAUAUUCUCGUCUUGCUUGACUGGAUGCCCGAUCUUCGCCAGAGAGAGAAUUGUAUAAAUACUACGCAGAGAUAUCAUCAUUACAGUCAACACUCCCUUCUCCUGCUCAGUCUAAAAUAGGACCAGAUGUGUUCAUGCUCAUGUCAAAUGUGAAGCGAACCUGAACAUUUUUUGGUUGAAAGACUUUGAACUCAUAUGCAGCCUUUGUGUGGGCUACCAGCCUUUCAGUCAAACGAAGGGUUUUGCUGAGUGACUGAGCCAGAAGAAUCCAGAAAUGUAACACGACGUUCAACUUUUUGCACUAAACCAACACUUGCUUUCUGAGUUUUCUUUGCACUGAUUGAUACAAAAUCUGUAAUUGCAGGCACUAAUGGAUUGGGGUGUAUCUGUAAAAAAUUUAAAUAAAAAUCAAAUGUUCUCUCUU